AUGGAGAUCUUCGAAAUUUUUGGUAUGAACGAAUUGCAGGAUAGUAUGCUUUCCGAAGAGUCUAUUCAUGACCUUGCGUUUUUACAUUCAAAAGGAAUCAUUCACUAUAAUAUUAAACCAUCGAAUAUUCUAUUCGAUGAAUAUGGAUGCGCAAAGUUAUGUGAUUUUGGAUCGGCAAAAGAGUUGAAAAAUAUAUCAACUCAUUCUUCCUCGGUACCACUUGCAACACGCGGAACACCCUGUUACAUGGCUCCUGAACUUUUUGAAGAUGUUGGAAUCUAUUCAUACGCAUCAGAUUUAUGGGCGCUAGGCUGUGCCUUAUAUGAGUGUUUUGCAAGAAGACCGCCCUUUAUGGGAAGAGAAUAUAAUAAUAUAAAAUCCAUUCUUUCAGAUCCUAUUCCACCUCUUUGUGGUCAUCCCAGUCAACAUUUUGUUGAUUUAAUCAAUUCUCUGUUGGUAAAGAAUCCAUCAGAAAGAAUACAGUGGCCUGAACUUUGUUCACAUCCGUUCUGGAGAACAAAAAUUCCUCCUGUGACUCUGCCUGCAUUUGAUUUGAAUGAGAAUGCCGAAGAUGAAGCACCUGCUGCUCAACCUGCAGAUAUGGCAAACCUUGAUUUUAAUGAGAAU